CUGACACAGGCAGCUGUCAGCUGAUCGUGGACCCUCAGUGUCACAUGCUGCCCUACAACCACACGUGGCUGUCCUCCUCCGUUGCCGUGGUGAAGAGUUCUGAGGUUGACAUGUUGCUAAGGUUCUUCAACUACCUCAGCAGACUGUCCUGCUACAGACACAUCAUGAUGUUCGGCUGCUCGCUGGCUCUGCCCGAGUGUGUCCAGGCCCACGGCACAAACAGCAG